AUCGUAAAAGUUGCCACGGCAAAGAGUUUCCUAAAAACGCGGUGCCUAAAAGCAACUCUAUGACCCAUGGCAGUUAGUCACUUGACAUAAGAGAGCCAAUGGGAGGCCACCGCCGGGAGAAAACUUUUUUUGAACAAUUAUCCCGGUUGCCGGGAGAAUAGACACUGCGUACGCUUAUAAUUCACGCUUCGAAGAGCUGCUACUGGAUGGAGAACCAACCCUUAUCACCAUCGCGGCAUUUUGCCCUCCGUACGGCUGAAGAAGCAUUUGCGAACGAAAUGAUGUACCGCGUCACAACCUCCAACGGAAGAAAAUACGAGCUGUGCAGUGCAUCGCGAUGGUGAAAAGAAGGAAUUCAGGAGUCUUCGAGAACCACUGUUCUCUGCUGGAAGCAGUUUCGUGAUAGUAACUACCAUCGGUGUUUAUCGUUAGUGCGUGUGAUGGAAAGUCCGAUAAAGUCUGCUCAAUUAAGGGCUGCCGUGGUGCCAUCGAUCUUCGUUAAUGAACAGAAUGCAUCGGAGGCACCGAAAGCACAUUUGUUGAAGAGGCCAAAAGAUCAGGUUUCCGGACGCAGACUGGGACAGUCACAUCACUUUUCCCGAAGCUUGAACACAUGGGCUCACAGAAUUUUGACACAUGCAGUGCCGCAUCCUAUGCUUUUGUGCACACUCAUUCUUGGAUGGUUGCUCCUUGGAGGCACAACCAUCGUACACACGUCAAAACCAAAUCAUCAUAGCGAAAUAGAUCAGGAUGACGUAACAGAGGAAGUUCUUAAAGUAGCACCAGGUCUGGCUUGUGAUUUGGGACAAGCUGUGGAAACAUCACCAGAGCCAGCGUGUGAAACGAAUAAUAGUACAGAGAAAUCGGUUCAAGUGCAGCUACUUAUGCACCACGAAGGAUCCCAAACGGACGAAAAGAAAAUCGUAUCUUCAACUUCUAUGCAAACAGAACCAUACACUUGUUUUUCAGGCUCCCUGUCCUGUGUCUCUUUGGAACGGUCUUCUCCACUGGCAUCUGUACGAAGCCGACUUCAUUCCUGCCAGCAGUGCACCUAUGUGACCGUGGACAAAUCAACUAUGAACAGACACCUUCCGAAACACAUGGGCGAGCCCCCCUUCCAUUGCCGCUUUUGUCCAGCUGCAUUCAUGUACAAGUCCAAGCUUGGGGCUCACUUGUGCACCCACACAGGGGAUCGGCCCUUCCCCUGCGCCUUCUGCAGUGCAUCUUUUUCGAUAAAAAACCACCUCGAUGAGCACAUGCGCAUUCACACAGGAGAGAGGCCAUUUUCCUGUGUCUAUUGCAAUGCAUCUUUUGUAGAGAAAACCACCCUCGUAUGCCACCUGCAAAAACACACAGGAGAGCGUUCGUUUUCUUGCAUCCACUGUGGUGCGUCCUUUGUGCAGAAGAGCAACCUCAUAAGACACAUCCGCACGCACACAGGAGAGCGUCCAUUUUCCUGUGUCCACUGCAAUGCUUCUUUUGUACAGAAAAUCCUUCUCAAGAGGCACAUCCGCAAGCACACUGGAGAGCGUCCAUUUUCCUGUAUCCACUGCAAUUCUUCUUUUAUGUACAGAAGUUCCCUUUCGAACCACAUCCUCAAGCAUACUGGAGAGCGACCAUUUUCCUGUGUCCACUGCAAUGCGUCCUUUCUGCAGAAAAGCCAUCUUGUAAGACACGUGCGAAAGCACACAGGAGAGUAUCCAUUUUCCUGUGUCCACUGUAAUGCAUCUUUUGCAGAAAAAAAGGACCUCACAAGACACAUGCGAAAGCACACAGGAGAGCGUCCAUUUUCCUGUAUCCACUGCAAUGCAUCUUUUGCAGAGAAAAAGGACCUCACAAGACACAUGCGAAAGCACACAGGAGAGCGUCCAUUUUCCUGUGUCCACUGUAAUGUGUCCUUUCUGCAGAAAGGAAAUCUUGUAAUACACGUGCGAACGCACACAGGAGAGCGUCCAUUUUCUUGUGUGCACUGCAAAGCAUCCUUUAUAGAAAAAAAGAACCUCACAAUACACGUGCGAAAGCACACAGGAGAGCGUCCAUUUUCCUGUGUCCAUUGCAAUGCAUCUUUUGCAGAAAAAAAGAACCUUACAAGACACAUGCGAAAGCACACGUGAGAGCAUCCAUUUUCUUGCAUCCUUUGUGUAGAAAGCCUCCUCGUAAGACAUCUGCAUACAUAUUUAAUGGUGGCCCUGUUUUUGUUUCUACUGUAAUAAAUACUUUUUGGAAGAGAUCCUCAUGAGACACAUCUGCCUGUACAGAUGAGUGAAUCCAUUUUCCUGUGUUCACUGCAAUGCAUCAUGUUCAGUGAAAUGCGAACUCAUUAGAGACAUGUAUACUCAAGGAGGAAAGGGUCCCUCGUCUGUCCACAGUAAUGUAUUCUUUUCAAUAAAAUUCCACCUCAUUGGGCACACGCGCACCAAUGAAGCAGAGCGGCCCGUUUCUUAUAUUCACUGCUACUCACCCCUUUUCCAUAGAAGGUCACCUGAUCGAACACAUGCAUACUCACCAUAG